AACUCCCUUCACCUCCCCUGUCUUCUCUUCACCUAAUCAAACCCAAAAACCCUAAGACUUUUUCUUCUUCUUCUUGUUCUUAUCAAUUAACACUUCAUAUUAGUAUAUUAAUCAGUCAAAUUUCAUACCCGCCGUUUCUCUGGUUGCCGUACAGUGAAAUUCAUCACCGAAAUACAUCAACGAUAAUUGCUUUUACAGUUGUUAAACCAUUAAUUUCGUUCUAAGCGGUUUAACUAAUUUAUUUCUUUAAAUUUCAUUUAUAUAAAUAUAUUUAUGGCGACUAGUAGUAACAAAGAAACGGCGAUGAGGCUUAGAGAGGUUGCGGAAGGAGCAGUGAAGGCGAUUGGGUUAGGGUUUGAUAUAGUGGAUGAUUUGAGGUUGAAGUUUUGCAAGGAUUAUCAGUUGAUCUCUGUUGACGAUGAUCAGGUGCGAGACAUAUCUAUUCCUGGCGGAAUUUUGGUUCAAAAUGUUCCCAAAUCUAUCAAUUGCGAUAAAGGCGAACGCAUGAGAUUUAGUUCUGAUCUUCUCUCUUUCUCCAAGAUGUCCGAGCGAUUUAAUCAGGAACUAUCCCUUUCUGGUAAGAUUCCAACGGGCCAUUUCAAUGCUGCUUUUGAAUAUACCACUUGUUGGCAAAAAGAUGCUUCCUACACGAAAGCUCUUGCUUUUGAUGGGGUCUUCAUCACUCUCUAUAACAUUGCAUUAGAGAAGGCUCAAGUUGUACUGCGUGAUCAUGUUAAACAAGCAAUUCCUUCGUCUUGGGAUCCAGUAGCAUUGACAAGGUUUAUUGAGAAAUAUGGUACCCAUGUUAUUGUUGGUGUAAAGAUGGGCGGAAAGGAUGUUGUAUAUGUCAAACAGCAAUAUUCAUCAACACUUCAGCCUGCUGAUGUACAGAAAAGGUUGAAAGAAGUGGCAGAUGAAAGAUUUAGCGACGCAAAUGUACAAUCCAGCACUACUUUGCUAGCUAAUAGUGAACAACUGUUGCCCUUUAUGGAUUCCACUACAUCAACAGUUCAUCUUCACAAAGAGGAUAUUACAUUCCUCUGGGGGAGGAGAGGUGGAAGCCGUAUCAGAAAUAUCCCACAUAAAAGGUGGUGUCAAACUGUUCCAGUUGAACCAGACGUGAUUUCAAUGUCAUUAAUUCCAAUAUCAUCAUUAUUGAGCGGGAUUGAUGGCAGUGGUUUUUUGAGCCAUGCGAUUAACUUGUACAUACGUUAUAAACCACCAAUUGAAGAGCUUUAUCAGUUUUUGGAGUUCCAGCUUCCAAGGCAAUGGGGACCAGUGUUUGGUGAACUUCCUCUUGGUCCAGAGAGGAAGCAGCAAAGUGGUGCAACUCUGAAGUUCAGUCUAAUGGGCCCCAAGUUAUAUGUUAAUACAACUCUGGUGGAUCUGGAUAAGCCAGUGACUGGCCUCCGAUUGUAUUUGGAAGGAAAAAGAAACAAUUGCUUAGCAAUCCAUUUGCAGCACCUUUCAUCCUUGCCAAAAAGCCUUCAGCUUCAAAAUGAAUCAUAUGGCUAUGCGAGCAGCUCCUCGGACCAAAGGUAUCAUGAGAAGGUCCAAUGGAAAAGUUUUUCACAUGUAUGCACUGCACCCAUAGAAUCUGAUGAUCUCUCCAUUGUCACGGGGGCCCAAUUUGAAGUUAGAGAAUCUGGUCUGAGAAAUGUUCUUUUUUUACGCCUUCGGUUUUCUAAAGUCAUUGGUGCCACAGUCAUAAAGAGACCUGAGUGGGAUGGUUCUCCUGUUAUCACCGAAAAAUCUGGAAUCAUCUCAACUAUAAGUUCUCAUUUUUCCUCCGCUCAAAAGCCACCGCCACGACCAUCUGAAGUUCACAUAAAUUCUGCACUUUAUCCUGAUGGACCUCCAAUGUCAGCACAAACCCGAAGACUCUUGAAGUUUGUUGAUACGACAGAGAUGAUGAGAGGACCCCAGGAUCAACCUGGCUAUUGGAUGGUGUCCGGCGCUAGGCUUGUAGUCGACAAGGCUAAGAUUUCUCUUCGUGUUAAGUUCUCUUUACUAGCUGUUGUCUUGCCAGAUGAAGAGGAGUCAUUGCAAGGCUAAUGUAUAUGGGGGAGAAAAAGAAACAAAAAAUUUCUACAGUUAACUUAGCAUUUUUGUUAUUAUAUAUCUGUAAAAAUAAAUAAUAGGAUUUUGGGAACUUCUCUUGUAUGAAUUGCUUUAUUAAUGUGCAGU